AUUCGAGUCAGCUUGACGGUGCCGGUCGCCUCAGUAUGCCGCGCAGCGCGCAGGCUCGCGUACGCGUAUUGUUUCUCUCUGUUCUCGUCUCCCUCGCUCUCCCUUUCUUUCCUUACUUUCCCUCUCUCUCCCUCUUGUUGUCUCGUAUGCACGCAGCGCGGCUAGAAUACGCAAGUACAAAACAUCUCGCGGUUCACUGUUUUCGCGUUUACGUGUCGUCGUUCCGUUAAGGUUUUUUUUUCUGCUCCGUUGGUCACGCGCGCGAGGACAACCCAACGAAAUUCAGGUUCUUCGUAUACAUAUCGUAACACGUUAGACGUGUACAACACGACGAAAUUUCUUCGAGAACCAGUUAUCGACGCGUGUGCGUGCAUAUACGAGGCCAGUAUACGUCGUGACACAGUGACACGGUGCGUAAGGUUCGUAGUGAAGGAGAGUGUGGCUCGCAGCGAAAAGCAUCGCGAAAGAGCGGGAAACUCCGAUAUACUCGACGGAUUUUCAAAUCGUUUGACACAUCGGAGAUAGAGACGAAGCAUGGUUGGACACUGGAGAAGACUGGACGCGAAUAAGAUGGUCUGGCAAGACGUAGCGAAUGCUGGAACGGUUACGAAACGUGGUAGAAGGAGACGUGGCACGAAAUGAAGCGAGUUUAUCCUCGUACGAUCGAUAACUAUAGCACCACGGUGAAUAUCAAGCGGUUCGUAUAUCCAGCGUGCACGAACCUAACCUAGCGAACUACCUGUUCUUUCGAGCCUUAUACCUUCGUAAACACGGUCGAAGAAAUUGUCUAAUAAUUUCUGGCUCGUGAGAAAGGUGUUGACGUGAAGUUAACACUUCACACACCAAGACACAGCGUAGAAGUAUCCGGAAUGUCAGAAUGAAAAGCUUCGAGUUAUUCAGGAAGUAAUUUUCCUCGCGCGCCAUCUUGAUCCGUCGAUAAAUAGCGAUGACAGGUGGUGGACGCGAUUGUUGAUCGACGACCGCGCGCGAUUCGAUCGCUCAUGAUCGAACGCUCGAUACAUCUCUUGGUGCGUGCGCGCGUGCAACGGUCGCGAGUAAUCCCCGGAAGAUUUCUUCCACGAGGGACGCCUACUUACGAGAAGACAGAAAAUUACGAGAGACGAGUGAAACAGCGAAGAGAAGAGAGAAUCCGAGGCGCUUUUAUUUUUAGCCAACGCCGGUUCGCGCAUCGCAAAAACCGGUUUCCAAGUCUCUGCUCGAGCUCGAGCCACGAGGUAGUAAGGUGCGUAUAUACGCGAGAAGGGUUUUAGCUGAAAAGGGAGAAAGCGAGAGGGAGAGACACGCGAUAUAAAGGUGGAGUAUGCUUCUUUCUCUGUCGGCGGGUAAAGAAAGAAAGAGUGACACGGAACGUGGAAUUCUCCUAAGCCGAUACAUACCUCUCCCUACUCCUCUUCUUUAUUCUCCCACCUCGAACUAUCGAUUGCGUGUAUGCACGCCUGCACGCGCCUAUCCAUACUCGACGUGUUACGUGACAUCGUAUCGGGAGUGUAUGAUAUUCGAUUAUCGAUUUCUCGAAUCGAUUUUACUAAACGAGCGUAACAAGUCGGUGUGCAUAAAGAAGAGAAUGUGAAUCGAACGAACGGAAGAGUUAAAAAAUAACGAAAGUAAGAAGAAAAGUAAAAGAAGGAAGUGUUUGUAUUGGAUUGUUGCGUGGCAUACGAGAUCGGCGAAGACACGAAAACGGUAUGAAGAAUGGCAACCGAUUCGAACAGCCGUCAGGGUGUAAGGGCGGUCGCCACAACGACAACCGAUCCGCAACGAAGCGAAAAGCGCGCCGUCGCGGCGCGAGGCGCCGCCGGUGCUCUGGCCCUCAGUAUUCUGGCCUUGGUCCUCCAAUCGGCGACCACCGCGACCCCCACAUGGGGAUACUUCACCAAUCCUGACGCCGGAUCGGCAGCCGAGAAAGGAUACUUUGGUCCUUGGAGGCAAUGCAAGCUUCUACUGUACGGUAGAGAAAGAUGCGGCCAAGGGGUUUCCAGAUUCCAGCCAGUGUUGGCUGUGUGGGUGGCAGGAUUAGCCGCUGCGGCCGCCUCUGCUCUUUUGGCGAUCCUGGUCGGUCUUGCCGUGCUACAACUGGCGAUGGCUUCCUCGGCGAAACGAGUUAUUAUUUCGUACAGCACUGCUCUGAUAGGGAAAGUGGCUCUUGCCACAUUGGCCACUUCCUUGGCAAUCGUAGCAGCGAGUCUGUUUGCCCUACAAACCGAUGACAGAGCUAGCAGCUUCGUUAUCACGAGGGGAGAAGCGUUUUAUAUGCAGUUGGCUGCUAUCGCUUUGAACUUUGGCGUGCUGGUCACCGCAGUAUACGAAGGUAUUUAUGCUCGACGAGGCGGUGAUCCGACGAAGAUCAGGGUUGUCGGUGAUCCUCGUGCAGCUACCAUAAAUAAUCCUGGCUACCGGGAACAUCAACCCACGAAUGGCGGCAGCAUCUCGAUGACCGACGCUAGUGGCAAGCCCUAUGUAGGCGGAGCCGGAAACGGUUCGAUGGCGUCGGUAGCAACUUCCGGAAGCGUGACAAGCACGGCUUCGCCGCUUCGAAGCUCGUUGAAGAAGCCAAAGCCGCUCGGUAUCCACAAUCCCGGUUUUUCGGCGCACAGUCCGACUCUAUCGAGGAACGGCUCGCAGAAAAAAGUGCGAAUUCAGACGCACUCUACCGAGGUUUAAACAACUUUCGGCGAAGACGAAAGCGUCGAUGAUGUUUGUUCUGGCGCGGGUCUACUCGCAGGUCUACUCGCAGCCGAUUUCGUCGAACAAGCAUUCCGAUACGAAACGAAAGUUCAACGACGAGCGUAGCAAGGCAACGAAGCUCGACCAAGUUCUUUAUCGCGAAAGCGGAGAAACAGUCCGCCGAUUCUUUCUGGUAUUAACUUUAUUUAGGCACUCGUAAAAGACGUCGCGAUACUUAUCGUUGAACUUUCUUCGUUACUUUACUUCGUUACUUUUUCGGAACUUUCCUACGCGCGAGAAUAAUAUUGUGACCCUCUGUAGCGAAAAUGUUGAUUUGUUUAUGAAAAAGCAAAUGAUUGGGACAAUUUUUCAAACCGUAUUUCAAUGGAAACAGAGAGUAAUCGUUCGACAAUUGUAGAUGUUUCUUCAAAUUUAUAUCCUUUUCAAGGCAACCGAGAAAGCAACGCUACCAUAAUUAUCUUGCACAGCGGUGUUAUGUUCCGUUUAUUCUGUACAUUUCAAUUUCGCGUAGAUGAGUAAUAAGAAUUUAUUAGAAAUUAUACAGCGACGAAAUGUAAAUUAAUAUGUACAUAUGUAAUUUUCAACCGUGACGAUAUAGAGGGUCGAUAGAUUUUUCUCUUUACAUAAACAAGGACAAAUACGAAGCACGAGGUACCUUCGAAAUUGCUCGGUCGGUUGGUUUCGUUACUCUGCUACUUCCGACCAUGUGACGCUCUAUCGAGGUGAAUCGAAAAGACUUUCUCGCGAUCUUGGACUAUAAAGUUGCCACUGAAAGACCCAGAUAGCGUUAUCGCGUGAUCGAAGGACUACCGCGAGGACGUAGGAAAUAAACCCUGUUGAAAGUGAUCGAGGGAAUCGCAGAGGGAAAUUGCUUCGACUACGAUCUCUGAUGGCGUUGCUACGUCUUCGAGAAAGUUGUAACCUUCGGCUCGAGGCGCCAAGCGUCCGACGUCGACCGAUAUUUAUGGUAGACGCGACAAUACCGAUUCAAAGGUGGAGCUUACGAUCCACCCCCGCAACGAUUUCGUCGUCGAUUUACUCGAUAAGAAACUUUCAACGAUUCCGUGAGAGUUUCAGUUCUCGUUCGUUUUCUUCUUUCUUCGAGUCGCGCUCGUUAAGACGCGAAAGUCGUAACUUAUCGAAGAGUAUUUUACUUCUUUUUUUGUAUUUUAUUUCGUUCGAAACUGAUAUUAAAUCGAAAGAUGUAAGGCGUUUAAAGAUGGGUCCACGUUUCGAGAAGGAGGAUGCCGAUGGAUUCAGUGCGUUCGAUCAGGCGAGGAUCGAGAAAACCAGCCAGUCGUGUUCGCUGAGAUUACGAUUUAAGUUCCCAGCGGUUCCAACCGCGAACAAGCAGAAAUUAACCCUUUGCGGUCUGGUUGCUUCGUGCAGUAAGCUUACUACGUGGUCCGGCCACGUUUCAAAAUCGUAUCGAUUACUUGCACGAGCAAAUUUUUCCCAAAGUACUGCGCGAAGUAGAUGUUGCAUGAAAAUAUCGCUCUUAUUAUAUCCUUCUCCGUUUUGAAGAUAUUUCAAACGUUUCAAAAAUUCUCAACUAUCUACUUCUUCGUUAAAAUAGACAGGACGAUAAAAAUGGUAAAAUUUCAGUUAUCUCGGAUAUUUCAAAAUGCCAGAUAGGACGUUUUAAUUAAAAGGAGUAGUUCGAUUAAAACCACCGAUUUUCUUCGUUGAUUUAACCAAAUAGAAAUUAUUUAAAUUGUUGCGUAACAUCGAUUCAAAAAUUUCUACUCGGCACCGUUUACAAAAGACACGACGAGAGUUUAGUGUAAACUUUCAGCUGUCCGAUAAAUAUUCCGGGAUCACGAUAUCAUCCCACAUCGUGUCCAGUACACACGUUUUGGCCGCCAAUGGUUAAUAGAAUUUGAUCGAAUCGAUCGAUAAACCGUAUCAAACAUGCGCAUUUAACGUUCUACUAGCAACUUGUAAUUGUUUAAUCGAGAUUGGCGCGUCGCUAAAUGACAAGCACAACGUCGAAGCGGCGAAUACGUGCGGCGGUAUUUGGCGAAGAGAUUUAAUUAUGCAUUUACAGAUAGAACUUAAUUAAAUCUAGUAACGAGUCAUUCAUACGAAACGAAUCGUCGAUCGUGAUUUAAAAAACAGAAGAACGAUAAUAAUUUUUGAUACUAUCGUCGUUCGAUUUACGUCACGGUUGGAACAGCGAUAAUGCUAUAGGUAUUACGUUGUAAAGCGAUGGUAAGGAGAGAAUUAAAGCCGAUCGUUAACUAUCGUAUUUUAAGCGUGAAAUAGCCAGAUCGAAACUAAGCCCAGGAUAUGGCGUACGAUUAAAGUAUAGGAUUAAAUUCGCGAAUCGACCGACGUGUUAUUACCGAAACGUACCAAUCGAUCGGUGUUUAACAAUCUUUUCUAGUUACAUGGCUUUUCCUGGUUGCGUUUCUUCGAACAUUCUUCGUCUUCGAUUAUCGAAAUCAUACUCACGCGUGAGAUAUUUCAUUUGGAUUUCUACCAAGUAUUUACCGUAUGGAUAUGGGACGUUUAACGAAAUUAAUUUCAUCGUUCUAAAAUCUGUUUUUUGAACGUUCAGGCUAAUUUUCUAUAUUUUCUAUCGAGCUAGUGCCCUGGAAUUACGUCUGUUUUUACGUUUAUUCGCGCGUCUAAAGGAAAUCCCAUACGUACAAUUUUUCCUUCGCGUAUCCGGCAGAAAUAAGGCGCAGAAGUUUCUUGCAUCGAAUAUAAAACGCGAUAAAAUGGCAUUCGAGAUAGCUUACGGGCACAUUCUCUUCCUACAUUCUCUUCCUAUUCUUGAAUUUUUACUCGAACAAUCGUAUCUCUCGCAAUCGAGAGAAGCAGCACGAGGAACGAGAGAGAAGCUGUCGUAUUCGCUGGAUUUGGAAAAAAGAGAGGAGGAAACGGUCAAAUGGCGCGUUCCAGUAAUAACACGUAGUCGUCCGUCUUGGAAGUCGCAGGAUACGUGAUAUGUUUUUCUACUUUUUUCUUUCUUUUUCUUCUCCCUCUCCUUUCUCUCCCUAUGUUUCCCCUUUUUUUCGUUUUUUAAUCUAACACCUUUCUCUUUUUCCUGUACGCUCCUUGUUCGUCGCAUCGUAGUUUCAACUCGGCGUUUCUUCGUUCGAGCAACGAAGUAUAAAUAAAAUACUUAUUGCGUCGCAUCCGUCCAGCCCUACGUAGGCAGCUAGCCGUAAAACGGCAAGAAUUAUAUAUAUAUAUAUAUAUAUACAAAUAUAAAUAUAUAAAUAUAUUUAUAUUUUUUAGCGAUUGUUUUAAUAUAUAUAUAUAUAAAUAUGCAGAAGAAAUUUAUAUAUAAAUAUAAAUAUAUAUAUAAAUAUAUUGUAUGUUGCGCAGUGUACUCGAUUGUUUCUGCUCGUGUCAUUAGUCUCGAACAGGAGAACACGUUUUACUCGUUAGAAAUUAUUAUUAUUAUUAAUAUUAUUUUUUAUUACCGUUACUGUUGGUAUCGUGACACUGUCACUCUUUUUGUUUAGAAGAAGUGAUUUUCACGCUUCUUUCGCCGAUGAUUCCGGAGCUAUUUAUGAUUUGUAUGCAAAGUCGACAGGCGAGUCUUUACUGUAUAUCCUUUUCUUUGUAAUUCGUUUUCUUCCGCCUUUCUUUUUACGUGUAGAACCGUGUGUGAAUAGUUGUUGACGCUUAUUUAUUUAUAUCGAAUGAAAUUCGAUCGAAAUUAAUUUUCCGAUCAUUCCUAUAUGACUUUUACGAGUUAUUUUUCUGCCCCCCCCCUUCUUUUUUGUUUGAAAGAUUAUUUUAUUAUGCUAUUGGUAAAUUAUGAGUUUGAUCGUUCUACGGUUAAACCGUACUUUUUUCUUGAUAUCUUUCUUCGAGGUAAUUUCCUUUUAACGUUCGCGUUUCUGGUAGAGAGUAAUUACGUCGAUAUUAUGUCGAGUGAAAUACUUAACGACGUAUCUACGCUGAUUUUUAUCGUUGAUAUGAUUUGUCGAAACGAAUCGCACGAGCCGAGCAUGUUUAUAGGACCUACGCAAGAAUUAUCUCGACAUCCGUGAAUUAAACGAUAAAAAGAAGCUCUGCCUUACCGAAUCCAGAAUUUCUCGAUCUUACAUAUCUUUCAGUGAUUGACCUUAAAUGAUUGACGUUAUAGUCGUAAAAAAGUAUCUAUCCUUUCAUUCGUAGAAACAUUUUCUCCUUUAUUCGAAGAUAUUUCAUCACCGGCGUGUUCAAUGUUAAGGUUUCAAAAAAGUGAGAGCCACCGUCGUCUAAUAAAUCGUUGAAACUGUUAAAAAAUAAAAGUGCAAGAAACGAAUAAAAUUGCGUAAAAAAAAAAAGUUAAAGAAUAAAAAUUAAUAAAAGAAAAAGAAAAGUUUCUCUGGAUUCCGAAAAAGCGCUUGUGCGAUUCUAACUGUACCUUUCAAGAACGUAAUAAGAGAACACAGAGUGAGAUGGAAACGCAGUUACGCGCGAGCAACAAACAUAAUUAGAAUUAUAAAAAAAAUCCGUGUUUUCACUUUUUGCACAUUUUGCUACCCAUUAAAGCGAAAACGAUCGCCCUAUAUCGCGAAGUUUGUGUGCGUCUCGAUGAAUUUUCUAACGACCAGUAUGAUGCUGUUUGAAUCGUGUGAGGACUGUAUGCGAGGAAAUCGAUAAUAAAGGAAUUUCUAUGAUUCACGAUUA